AUGUCUGAGAACGGCUCCCCGAACAAUUUCCAGCAGAAGCCAGAGGACGCAGGCCCAUCCGAGCACCUCAAUAUCAAGGUCACGGACAACAACAAUGAGGUCUUCUUCAAGAUCAAGCGAACCACCCAGCUGAAGAAACUGAUGGAUGCGUUCUGCGACCGCCAGGGCAAGAACAUCCAGAGCGUGCGAUUCCUGUUCGACGGCCAACGGGUGCAGCCCACCGACAACCCAGAGAGCUUGGAUAUGCAGGACGGAGACACACUCGAGGUGCACCAGGAGCAGAUCGGAGGUGGCUGCUAA